AUCUUUGUGUGUGUGCUCGCCCGGUUGCCUUUGGCAUAUCCAUCACAUGCCAUGUGUUGGUGGGUGCGUGUGCACUCCGGAUUUAUGCGAUUGUGAUGGACACGUGAGAUGUGGUGGAUAUCACAGGAUGGGACAGAUCUGAGAAGAUGGGUUGUGGAACACAUCUUAAUUGCUUGCUUAAAUCUUGAUUAUGAUGACAAUGGUGAUGAUGAUGAGGUGGAGGAGGAUGACGAGCUGAUACAAGUGAUAACAACAAUGACAAUGACACUGACUGCGAUGUGUUUGGGUUACAAUGGCAGUGUUGAUGGGAUGCUGGCCGUUGUGGUGCUCGUGAUGAUGAUGAUGACGAUGGCGUGCAAGGAUAUGAAGAAGGAGGAGGGGGAGGAUGAAGGGAGCAAACCUGCAGAAAAAGAAUCAGGAUUGAAGAGAAGAAGAGUUGACGAACCAACAGAGUCAAAGGGAAUGAACACAAUGGGAAUUGGGCCAGCAGGGGACGGAAUGGACCUUGACUCUGCAGGCAACCAGGCGGACGAUGAAGCAGACAAGGAGAAUGCCAAACCAGAUACUGGUUUCUCGGAGGAAGAGGACCGCUCUACGCGGUCCUUAUCUUGGCUCAGACAGUAUGUGGAAAAAGCAAAAAGGGAGAGGGAACAUGCAUUUGAUGUCCGGGUAGCAUGCCUGAAACAUGCCGAGAGAUCUCAGGUGAACGGCAAAAAGGAUGCUACCGCAGGAAACAGCAGCUCUUCGAAUCAAUUCGCAAUCCUUCAAGAAGCCAAAGUGGAGGAACUUUUAGAGUACGCAGCAUUCAGAUACGCUGAAAAGAAGAGGGCAAGAGAUCAAGGCAUAGAAGACAAAGACAAGACCAUGCCCACAACCAAGGAUAACUUCCAGGACCUGCGUCCCAAGGCAAGAAAAACAGGCAAAAAUCAGAAAAGAAAGGACGCCAGCAACAAUCAAAUGGAGGUGGAAGAGAAAUCAGAACGGGACCUGUUGGAAAAAGAAGCUGCAGUGGUGCUGUCUCAAACUGAAAAACUGAAGAAGUGGAACAGGGAAUAUGCACCUGAAUUCACAACCAUUGCACAGAUUGCUAAUGGCAAAGCCCCAAUGGUGGUGGAAUCGGCCAAAUCAGCCCGAAGGACGCUGAGAAACAUCAGACCUCUGAUCGCAGCCAGAUAUGAGCCAAAUGCGAAGGAGUGGCAAAUCGCAAUUGACAUAGCGUUCCAUAUUCCCCAUUUUGUGGAAGGGGAGAACGUGGUCAAGUCCCUCAAAAGACAAGUUUCUCAAGAAACCCCACUCGGACUGUUUGAGACGAUUGACAUCGAGACAGACCGGGACGAGUCCUGCACUCAAGAGGGCGCAGGAAGCAGCCACAAUGGAAAGGGAGAUUCAGGCAGGAACUCCCCAAGAGCCUUCUCCCCCCUGAUAGCUAAGAUGCCAGUGUCUACGCAGCUAGGAUCUGGAAUGCUAUGGAGACCCUGGCGAACAGUGACUGAAGUCCCAUACAGCAUCCUCGCAGGUAUUGGGGUGUCGGCGGAAUUGAUGGCCUCAACACUCGCAUACAUCGUAGAAUCAGGCCAGCUGGAAGGAAACGAAGACCUGGACGCGAGAGCUUAUGCUGUGGACAGCAAAACUUUCUAUAAGAGUGAGGCUUCAGAUGGCGAGUCAUGGGAUGGGGAUGAUGAGAGAGAAAAGUUGGAUCAGCUGAAAGACCUGGACAAUGUAGAGAAUGGCCAAAUGGAGUCUAAGGGGACAGAGGGAACAGGCUCAGAGAAAGUGAUUUCUGGGGGAGUUGCUGACACCCGGCCCAGGGAGGAAUGGUUCUUGAAACGUCCGCAGUACCAUAACAUACUCAAGCUGGUUGAGAGGGGUGAUUGGGGUCAUCAGUUCAAGGUGGUGCUACUCAUCCGGGUCUCGCCUCUUCCUUCCCCAUUAUUUAACUAUCUGGUAACUGUGACAAAAAUAGGCUAUGGACCUUACAUAGCCGCAUCCAUGGCUACAGCAGCGCCAGAGGCUGUCGUUAAUGUGUACAGUGGGGUAUUGCUAAAGAGUUUGUCAGAUUACGGACAUCAUGAACAUAAGCGCAGCAAGAUUGAGCUAGUUGCACAGGGAGUUGCUUUGAUAGCUGUUGUUGCGGUUACAAUUGGCAUAAUGCUGUAUGGCCGAAAAGCUUUGCAAAAGAUGGAAGCAGAGCAGGAGGAAGCUGAAAGGAUGAAGGAAAGGGAUGUGGAGACUUCGGAAGUAGGGUACUGUGAGAUAGACCAUACUUGUCAGCAGGGAGCAGAUGGUUAUAUCGGAGAUUCACAAGCUGGAAAUGAUUCAGAAGAUGGCGGUAUUCAGGGAGGGAGCAUGACAGCAAGUGAUGCUAUCAUGGAAGGCGCAUUGAUAGCGAAGUGGUUGCGCAUGUAGAGGACAGAAACCGCUUCCGUCUUCCUUCCUCCCCGACAAGGAUGAAUGUCAGCACUUUCUUACCUUCUUCUGCAAUGGACAACGACGCUCAGCUACGGGGUGCAGCUGUGUGAUGGAAUGGAGCAAGGCCACACUUGGUUUGAUUCUACUCAAAGAGGCUAAAGAUGAGACUCAAUCUUCUUCGAAAAGGAACUUCGAUCUCACAGGGGGCUAAGCCUUGAGCUUCGAUCCUUCAAACUCAUCAAUAGGAAUACGCAGAUGUAUUAUUCAACCAAAUAGGCAGCGUACGACAUGAAAGGUUGUUUCUGUUCUGGGAUUGAACUUUGAUCCUCCGGAACGAACUCCUCAAUAGGAACAUGCAGAUGUACCAUUCGACCAAAUAGGCAGCACACGACUUGAAAGGUGGUUUCGGUUUUCCACGGAGUAAGGAGUCUGGACAGCCCGCAUCCACAUGAUGAUUUGUGCAGGAGGCACAUCCUCUCGCGUACAAUGCAGUGCAAGCUAUCAGCAGCUCUAUUUUAACCGUCGUCAUGGUCUUCAUCGUCAUCGCUUUUAUAUUUUCUUGGCAUCAUCCGGACAAUACACAUGGCGGUUGGAUAGGACUCCAAUCCAUUCAUGACAUGAGUUCCAACUAGCAGUUCCAACCGGAACUUAUGACAUGAGUUCCCGUUUCCUUGAGUCAGCAUGACAUGGGGCCUCGCUCUACUACUCUAGACUCCCCGAAGUUUCGAGAGUAACGCCUUGCUCCACUUACUCUAGACUGGAACUCAUGACAACUGGCACCCUUCAACAGCUGUCAGAAAGUGCUCUCGAAGGGCACUCUGGAUUUGUAUAGAGUUCACAGCCUGCAACGCUCACGUUUUCUAGCGUCCUCCCUCCUACCUCCGCUCAGGCCUCUUUUUUUUGUGAGUGGGGCAUUUGUGAGUGGGGCAUUUGUGAGUGUGCCUCCUGCCCCGACCAUCAGAUCGAGCUGGCGCUGUCAUCUAGCGCUGUAGAAGGGCUGUCAUGUGUCGCUGAGAAAUUCGGGAGUGCUUCUAUAGUUCUUGAGUCUGGAGUAAGUGGAGCGAUGCUUCCUUUUUCAAGAGUUCUAGACCUCUGACAGCUCUAGAAGCACUCACGCUUUUUUUCGUGAGUCUAGUGUAGUGGAGCAAGACCCAUGGGUUUGAACCGGCAGUGCAUUCAAAUCCAUGGCAGGAGUGUACAGUCAAACCAGCCUCAAAAUCCGGUGUGAAUAGGUUGCACAGUGUAAAUUACAAUUGAGUCUUUGUUUGUGAAUUAGCCUUGCUUUGUGUGAAAGGUUACUAAAAGAGUAAAAAAGUGUAGUAAUUGUGAUUUGGUCUGUCAGAAAUCGGUGGGUGUACGAUUAGUCGGAGAGGUGAUGUCCAUUGUCUUGCUCCCUUGUCAGCUAUCUAGCCCUGCCCAUGGCAUUCACAUGUUUCUCUAUCUUCCAAUUCUAUGUUCUGUUUGGCACUGGACAGAGGAUUCAGGCUGCCUGCCUACAAGGACCCCGUGUAGAUGAAGUCGAUACUGGAAGCCGAUCAGGGUAUCGUGCAGGCAUCUAUGGGUUGAUACUACUACAGUCUUUGCUAGUGCUCACCACAUGCAGUGUUUGUUUCAUUAGUAAUUGUAGAAGCUAAAGGCAUGGAGAGGAAGUAGGUGAAAGCGCGACUGGUCGAGCUUCAGUUGGCAGUUACCGGCAAGAUGAAACCUCGCUCCGAUAAGUAUGUUAAACAACCAGUACAUGCCAUACGUCGGCCGUGGGCCGCUGUCGGAGGGCCGAAACGCGAUGCUGGCCGCCGAUGUAUUUUAUCGACAGCCCGCGGGCUGCGACUUUUUCGGAGUAGGAGACAAACAAGUCUCCACAAGGUUUGGGCCAUGUACUAGUGGUUUAAGAGAACAGUGAACUGCGGUCGUCAUUGUGGACGCCAAGUGGUGACCCUAACAUUCCCAUGUUGCGACCAGCAGUGAUGAAUCUAUGAUGAGUUGUUGAACGUCCUUCGACCCAGGGGUUGACGUGGCACUUUCAAGAGUAUUGGUCUUCUCGUUCUUAAAGUAGUACAGAAAUCGAAAAAUGACCUGAUGGGUGUGUCCUAUUCCCAGUUGGCAGUGGUGUCCAUACGAAUGUCAAUGUAACAAAUUUCAUCGUAUUUGAAGUUUGAGCUUGCGAUAUUUUGCAGUUUUGAAAAUCUGCCUUUUCAAAAAUGGUUUGAUGAGGCCAAGAACCUUCACGACAAACUCCAGAGUUGGAGAGUCCACAAGUAAAAGGCUUCGAAAGGCCUAAUUCCGUGAUGACAGUGAUGUAAGUCCUUCAACGCAGCUGGCGCUUCAUCGUUUUUUUCUUUUCAAGUAGAUGCUCUCUGCAGGCAAUGCCCAUGGCAGGGGGAAUGGGAAAGUGGGGGGCAGGAGAUACCAGCGUACUGAGAUGUCGCAGUUGGUGAGGUCAUUCAUCAAUGGAGAGAGAGAGAGAGAGAGAGAGAGAGAGAGAGAGAGAGAGAGAGAGAGAGAGAGAGAGAGAGAGAGAGAGAGAGAGAGAGGUGAAAUGAGAUGGGACAUCAAUCAUUAUCACAACGGAUAUCAUGGUCGUCAUGCGAUCCUUUCUUUUUUUUCCCCCUUUUCUUGAUCUUCCCCAUCAUCCCCAUUCUCCUGUCAGUCCUCAUCAGCCUCAUCUCAUUUUCUCUGGAAUUUGAUCCUCUGGAUCCAUUAAAAUAAAAAUAAAAAGAAAAUCCCAUG